CAGAAAUGUGGCCGUGAGGAAUUUGUUCGCAAACGGCAAGGGCGUUGACGGGGCGUUGCGACGGACUUGUUGAUGUCUCAGUCGGGCUGAGGUAUGCGCAGAGGCUGCGCGGACUGCGCGGGGGCAUGCUUGGGCAUGUUGGCUGGAAUCUUUGUCGUUCCUGAUCCCAUCAUGGGCGUUGUCAGUCGGCGUGUCUGUGUUGACAGCGGCCACACAUUUUUUGCCCACGUCGCCCUCCCCGCUCUCUCUUCCCACCCGGUAGAUAUAUCUCUCGUCCGCUUGCGGAAGCAUCCUGCCCCGCCUCUGCCUUUUGCGGACGUACCAUCGCGAACCGGUCCUGAACUAAAUAUCCUAUCCUUCGACUUGUGGUGGUUAUAGCUCCAUCUUAUUUUUCCCUACUGCGCUUUUCUCAACUUUCCUUUGAACGCCUCUCGAAAAUCCCACCAUCCUUUCGGCUUUGAUCUAUCGUGUCCAUCUGACAAUUCGAUCCUACCGCGUGGCUGCUCUUUUGUUCGCCAUCACCAAUCUCAGACUCAUCUCUUUGCUCUCGUGUCUUUAAAACCUCGUGGUCCAACCCGCCCAUCCAUCUCGAUUUCCGUUCUCAGCAGCACAACGCUCUCAACGCCUUUUCCAACAAUCAAAAAACUCAAACAAUAGUCCUUGUUGACUACAUCUUCCCAACUCCCUUCAAUGAACACCCCUGGAUCCUUCGGAAUCGUCGAUUACUCAUUCCCAAUGUGGUCCAAGAAGCACGUCGGCUCCUGGCUCGAUGCCUUCAAGCCCGGUCGCCGCUCCUCCACCUCUUCUUCCUCUACUGCCUCUUCAUCGGCCCCGUCCUCGCCCCGGUCCGCCACUUUCUCCCUGUCCUCGCGCCUGAGUUCCAACAGCCGGAGCGGGUCCUUGGCCUCUCUGACAUCGAUGGGCACCAUGGAGGAGCAAGAGUCCCUAAUGGGCGACCAGCCGAAGCAGGCCGCUUACGUGCCUCGCCACGCGGCCAAGUCGUUCAUGAAGACGACUACCUCCAAGGAGAUUCGCAAGCAAAGCGAGAUUAUGUGAAUAAUCACCGAUCUCGGAUACCCGAUCAAACAAAAAACAAAAACUCCAAAAAAAUACAACAUUCGAUACCCGGAAAGUUACCAUUCUUCGGCUCGGCCUACUCCAAGAGGCCCAAUGUCGUCAGACUACGACGUUCCAAAGAUUCCAUCGAGAUGGUAGACUAUACCAUCUCACUAACAUCUUCUUCCCUUGAGUCAAACAUCAUUUACUCAAUCAUUCCUAUUUCGAAUGAUCAUCGACGCAGUCUCAUGCAGUCAUUAUCAACGGCGCUUGCUCGCUUUUUGCCACUUGGCAAGGAUAGAAAGUUUUUGGCGGUUUGAAGACGUCCAGGAAUAGGCCACGAAAUGAGCCUACAUUCUCUUUUGUACAAGGAAUCAUCACUCACCAGAUCUAAAAGGCCAACACAAGGGCCGCAGAAUCGGGAUGAGGUUAGAAGGAUGAGAUGCUAGCAAUGCGACAUCGCGCAACUAAUAGCAAGAUUUGGACUCGGCAGCCCGAGCCAAUCAGAUUAAUACCCAACACUUUUUACAUCA